AACAUUCAGACAACGUACAUCAAAGCAUCAACAUGAAAUUGUUCGUGAUCUCAGCAUUCAUCGCGGUAUGUACCGCUUUGCCUCAAGGACAGUACUCGCAUUCACCGAGCUACUACCAGCAGACCAGACCACGUGCAGCGUUGGACAGCAACGCCGUAAUCCUACGUUCUUCCUCAGACGUCAACGAACAAGGCUUCCAUUACGCUUACGAAACUGACAAUGGAAUCGCAGCUGAAGAAACGGGCCACGAAGCAGAUGGUAUUCAAGCUCAAGGCGGCUAUUCUUAUACCGGUGAUGACGGUCAGGUGUACAGUGUGAGGUAUACCGCAGACUCCAACGGAUUCCAAGCUCAAGGGGCUCAUAUACCUACACCUCCACCUGUGCCUGAAGCUAUCGCGAGAGCGCUGCAAGAGAACGCGAGAGAUGAAGCUGCCGGCAUUUACGAUGAUGGAAGCUACCACGAAGGGAAGUACGCCGGAUCAGGCGUGGUUGUAGCACGCGCAUAUCAUCAAGCCAAACCGUACCAACAAAGUGCAUUCCGUCCAAGAUACUACUAAAUUAACCAAUAAUAACG